AUGUCGGCCGGUUUCCUAACUGCUCUUAUACUGCUAACCACAGUGAAUGCAAAAUCUAACUCCACUGACAAAGAGUAUCGCUCAUGCAAAGGGCCGCUGUCGUUUCCGAAGAAAGGGACUGAUCUGCCAGACUGGUGCAAAAGCAUGAGAAUAGAUGUGGGAUCCUGCAUGAGCAAAAAACUGAAAAUUGACGACAAUGGAAGCAUUGCCUCUCGUGGGAACGUUCUGUUGAGCGCACUCAAACAGGAUCCAGACCCCGAACUUCUGAAGGAUGUUAAACUCUACCACUAUGGCUGCCUAUACAACAACUGGAGAGACUUCCUCGACCAAGAUUGCUAUAAGUGA